GUGAUACGGAUUUUCUGGAAACGCCAUGGUUAUCUAGAGGCCAAAAUUAAGUUUUUGUGCUUGGCCGUUUAGCUGUGAUAUUUUUGCCUCCCUACUGUGUAAUUAGUUGAUCCGUCCUCACCAACCGGCUUGAUGACACGAGAGGGUCUCAUCGAACCCGCUCCAUAAUCAUGUAUGGGCGUAGUGACCUAGCGAGUACAGGCCAGAGCGCCCGGACUAUUACCAGUUUGCUACAAGAAUCUACAGAUACAACCAACAAACUUACAACUUGCACUAAAAAGAAUGUUCAACGUAUCAGUAACAGUGUUCAGGAACAAAUUGAACAACUUUUUACUGAUGUAGCUAAAGAUGCUACGUGCAGCUUUCCAGUGGUUUACUUAGGCUCUCUAUCAUUAAAAUCUAAAGUUACAAGCCUUCAAGAACUACAAGGACCUCUUCGGGAACUGUAUCUAAGGGACUCGCCUAUUACGAAACAAAUGGCUGGGUUUCUGGAAAUUUGUACAAAGGGAUUAAGAGUUAAACUAAGCUCAACUCCUAUUGAAAAUGCCAAAAAUUAUGAAACCACUACCCCUUUCCAUAAUAUUGCUGUUUGGUCCGCAGUAAAGUUGGUAAUUUCAAAUAAUGAUGGUAGCGCAGCCUUUUUGCCAUUGAUUACGGAUCCCGAAAAUAUUGAGAAGACUUCACUGUUUCGUCCUCUGUGUGGAACGGAAAAUAAUCAAGUACUAAACAGCGGCCUAGCUCCGAUUUUCGCGGUGGUGAUGCGCUCCGCAGGCUCGCCAAAAGUUCUUAAAUGCCAUGCAUUUAUAUGUAAAACUACUGAAGAUGCAAUCGUAAUUGCUGCUACACUUUAUCAAAGCUUAAUGGUACAUGUGAAUACAAGUUCGCACCGCAGUUGUAAAAGACGUGCGCCCCGAAACCAAAAUGGCGUUAGUUGCGUAAGUACUGCCAGUAGUUCUGUCCGAACUGGCUCAAAAUACUUAUCGAAUUCUCAAGCAUUAGUCAAUGGACGCAAGAGUUCUUUUCGCAGUUCAAGUGAAAGCUUCGGAGCGAAAACCGCCACACCUCCAAGAAUAGGACGCAAGAAGCGUGUUACGAAUGGCGCUCUUGCAUCCAGCAAUAACAUUAUUAAUGAGGCGGAAACUACAACAGAAGAACGCAAGAGAAAAUCUCACAAAAGUAAACGUGCACCAUCAGUUCCAAAAGUCCUACAUGCAGGUGCGUCUAGUUGUAACAAGAGUGUUCCAAGCACUCCUGGGCUCAAAGAAUCCCUCUGCGAUUGCUGCGGAAGCAAAAACAUCAACCAUAAAAAUUUACGGACUGGAAAGGCUGUAGAAAGUGUGUACAAAGUUUUAGAGGUUUUAGAUGCAAGACCUUUACCAAUAACGGACUCAGUGGGUAGUAACUCCAAUACUGGUCCACACUGUGAAACCAAUGGAGAUAUAUUAACACGAGUAGCAAUACCACGAUCCGGUAGCUUCCUAAAUACGGGAGGACUUACGCGGUAUAAAUCAAGAGCUGCGCGUUGUCAUUCGGGAAAAUCAGGCGGUGGUGGUGGGUGAGUACUUUCUGAACUAACAUAGA